AUGUCGGUUCAGCUAGGUGUAUCAGGGGAGACCCUGAUUCCUCAGUCGACCAGCUAUGGCAUGCUCAUUGGCCUUGGUAUUGGUUUCUGUGGCGUUAUUCUGGCUGCCGUUAAGAUCCAAAAGGCGUACCUGGCAGAAGACUCUGGCACCUCAGAAAUGUUCAUGGUGGCCAACCGAUCGGUCGGGACAGGCUUAACAGCAUCAGCCGUGUUCUCUUCUUGGAUGUGGAUCAAUGAGACAGUAUUCUCAGCAGCGUUUUGCUACAAAUUUGGCCUUGCUGUGCCUUUUUGGUGGUCAACAGGUCUCUGCUUCCAGAUUGCCCUGAUGGCAGCACUCGGCGUUUUGGCAAAGAUUCGGGUUCCAUACGCCCACACUUCGCUUGAAAUCAUUCGGUUAAGAUACGGAUGGAUCGGUCACAUUGUCUUCAUUAUCCUCAACAUCACGAAUAACGUUUUCGGCUGUGCUGGUAUGAUCCUCACUGGAUCGCAACUGAUAUAUGGUAUCUCGGGGAUGCAUUUCGUCGCUGCCACGAUUCUCAUUCCACUUGGAGCUGUUGGUGGGCUAAAGGCCACCUUCAUCACGGACUAUUUGCAUACUCUCAUCGCCCUGAUCCUCAUCAUCUACUUUACACUCAAGGUCCUCACUCAUGAUGCCGUUGGUGGGCUUGGUGGACUAUACGAUAAGGUGGUGGCCACAGCUUCAGAGAACUUGAUUGACGGGAAUUACAAGGGCUCGCUACUCACGAUGAAGUCUCGAGAUGCGAUCAUUUGGGGAUUGAUUUUGAAGUUUGGAAACUUGGCUCUUGUCGUAAUGGACACCGCUUUUUGGCAAAAGUCAUUCGCAACUGAAGUGAACGCCACUGUUCCAGGAUAUAACUUGGCUGCAGUAGCAAUCUUUGGUAUCCCGUGGGGCCUCGGUACCGUAAUCGGUCUCACUGCGCGAGCACUGCACAACACUCCCAUCUGGCCAGGCUACCCACAUGAGUUCACGUCGGCACAGGUCAACGCUGGACUUGUCAUGCCAUACACCAUAAAAGCCCUCAUUGGCGACCAGGGCAUCGACGCUUUUCUCGUCCUUGUGUUCAUGGCGUUGACGAGCACCGUCUCUUCAUCGAUGAUCGCAGUCAGCAGCAUCUUAUCUUUUGAUGUCUACAAAACGUACCUCAACCCCAAAGCAUCCGAUAAGAAAUUGGUCCAUGUUAGCCAUCUUACAGUGGUGUUCCAUGCCGUGUUCAUCACGGCCAUCUCACUGGCGUUGAACUACGGAGGCGCUGAUAUGACCUGGAUUGGCUACUUCCGUCCUAUCCUUUCUUGCCCUGGCAUCAUUCCGCUUGGCUUGACUCUGUGCUGGUCAGGCCAGACGCGACUAGCAGCAAUUGCAUCCCCGAUUCUUGGUUUCCUUACGGGAUUGGGCAUCUGGCUCGGAACAGCGCACGUCAUUUACGGCGAGAUCAACAUGAAGACCACAGAAGGUAGCUUACCGGCUCUAUAUGGAGCAAUUGGAUCCUUCUUCUCGCCUGCGCUCUACUCGGUACUUUUGUCUCUCUACAAACCUGAAAAGUUCGAUUGGAGACGAUUCCUUGUCGCUGAGAUAGCAGAAGAGACUCAGUUGAAGGAAAGUACCGAAAAGGAGGAGGCGAAGAAUGACGGAAAUACUUCGUCGAAUUCGGAAGGAGAACCGCCCGUGUCGUCUUUAUUCAAUACCGAAAAACCAGGUGACGCGGAAAAGAAUACCGUCACUGCUGCGGGAGAAAAGCUCCCUCCUGCGGUCUCUUCCAAAGAUAACGCACUGGCGGGUGAAGUCAAUCUGGACGAUGUUUGCCACCCAUUCGACGACGACACGAUCAAGUUGCUCUACCGCUGGUACCGAAUCGCCUGGUACAUGUUCGUCGCCAUCGUACUCGUUACUUUCAUUCUCUGGCCAAUGCCACUGUAUCGCGACUACAUCUUUGAGAAGACCUUCUUCAAGAGCUGGACAACGGUGGCGAUCAUCUGGCAAUUUUUUGCUUUCUUUGCCGUCGUUGUGUACCCGCUGUACGAUGGGCGGUAUGAGAUUGUUAGAGGAGUCAAGGGCGUUUGGCACUCCAAUUUGAGCCACAACAUCGCCGAGUCACGCGUCAUGGCAAACCUCAUGAUGAAUAACAGCAGUGUUGACAAGGCGAGCCUCGAAGUCGGCAUCACUGCCCUCAUUGAUCAAGCUCACAUAGAAGUCGAGAAGCAGAGUGACGCGGACUUGGUCCGAGAUCGUCGGAGACAAGCCAUCAACGAGUACUUGGAGAGCAACGUCCCAGAGUUUGCAAAGCUCCAGACACUGCGCAAGAAGGGAUGGGAAAACGCAGCUGGGGACACCUUCUUCGAAAACCAGCGUAACGCUGCCGACAACGCCGAUGAUCGCGUCUGCCAAUUCUUCUUCGAAGUGAUCAAGAAGGUUGCCAGUGAGAUCCACACAGCCACCGGCGCGUUCGACAUCUCCAGAGCAGGCAUCGGCAAAGGUCGCAUUCUCGACAUGUGUAUGGCCCCUGGCGGUUUCCUCGACGUAGCUUUGGACAUGAAUUGGAAGUCCCGCGCCAUUGGCUUCAGUCUUCCCCAUGAGGAUGGAGGUCAUAAGCUUCGACUCCAACCAACUCCCUAUCUCGAUCAGAGAUGGAUGGACAUCACUAUGCUCGCCGCGGACAUGGGCAAGGCCGUCAUACCGUCCGACCAUCCCGAUUUCAGCAAGUUCCACACGGAGCGUCAGCUGACCGAAGACAACAUUUUCGACCUUGCCUUCUGCGAUGGUCAGGUCCUGCGCACUCAGGACCGGGCCGACUACCGUGACAAGAACAUGUCCGAAGCUCGCAGACUUUCUUGCGCGCAGCUGGCUCUUAGCCUCGAGCAUCUACGCCCGGGAGGCACCAUGAUCAUCUUGCUGCAUAAGCCCGAGGCUUGGAGAACCAUUCUUCAGCUCCGCCUAUUCAGCAAGUUCUCCAACAUUUUUGCCAAAAAGCCUCGCACCAGUCACAAGAAACGAUCAUCCUUCUACUUGAUCGCUACCAAUGUCCAGAGCAAGCACCCCGCUGCUAUCGGAGCGAUUGCUUGUUGGAAGAAGAUGUGGAAUGAUCUCACAUUCGGCGUGGAUGACAAUGUUGCGGAUGACUCCGUAGGCGAGGAGGAGCCUAGUGUGGAGGAGGUUCUGGAGGACUUUGGUGAGCAUCUUGUGCAUCUGGGUCGGAGUGUUUGGCACAUCCAGGGACAGGCUCUCGAGAAGGCCCCUUUUAUUCAGGGUAAGUAA